CAAAAAUAAAGAACUGUUUUCUUUAAAUGGAAGAUCGCAUAAAAAUGGAAGAUUCAGGAACAACUUGGAAGGUGGGCAGGAGGAUUGUGGAACUGAGCGAACUCGCGAAGCAAAUGUAUUGUAAAGAUUGUGGCUGCGUACUUGACUUGAACCUCACAGAAGGCGAAACAAGAGUCGGGCUGGCCAGUGUUUUGAUUGUCCACUGUCGUCCGUGCGGAAGUAAGAAUGAAGUACACACGUGUAGCAAGAAAGAUCUUAGCGAGGGAAGACCGGUCUACAAUAUCAACAUCAAUAUAGUAGUUGACCUUUUACAGUAUGGAUCUCCAGAUCUGUUGAAUGUCCUUGCUGUCCUUGAGGUUCCAACAUCCUCGCUUUUCAUGCUGCCAUCUUUUCCACCAUCACAUCCCUUGCACCCUUUAGCUGGAGGAGAUGACGCACAUCAUAGCUCAUUGACAGCACAGGCACAAGCUGCAGGUUUUAUAAGAAGACCUGCAUUGACUGUUGGACAGUCACCAACUGAGGACAACUGUCUGAAAAGUGAGGAUCUGCAUGGAGGUCUGACAGAUGGGUCAAAGGCAGCUGGUAGAGAUUUAAGUUCAGAUAACAUCAACAGUGCCAGUCUAGAGAGAGAUGUACCACUCUGUAUUACUGCUUCAAGUGGACCAAAAGAUUUGUGCCUCCAACCAUUGCAUAGCCUGACUUUUGGAAAUAGUUUGAAGACCGAACCUGCUGUCAUGUCAGCUGUAAAGCAGAAAAGGGAAUUGAAAGGAGGGAAGCGAGAAGUGGCAGAAGCUGGACACAUAAAAAAUCCUGUUCAGGUGAUGAAUACAUUCAUGCUCAAUCAAACUGAUUUGGAAUCCUGCAAGACCCAAUCCCUUCAAGAAAGUUGCUGUAAACAGCUUUCAACAAAAAGGACCAUGUGUGAUCUCUGUGGUGCUUGCUUGUCCAGUCGAUCAGCACUCUUCCGACACCGUCAACACAAACACGAUAUGAAGAGAGACCCUGUCUUAUGCCCAAGGACUGGCUGCAAGAAGAAGUUUGCACGAGUGGAGCUUUUACAGAAACACUUAGCAGCAGUUCACUCAGAGGUCAAGCAGUACCUGUGUCCCAAGUGUGGAAAGAGGUUUGGAGUAAAACACUACAUGAUAGAACAUAAGGCUCGGUGUGGAAUGCAACCGUACCAAUGUGAGGUAUGUCACCAGAGCUUUUCUAGUCGAAGCUCAAUGCACAAUCAUCGAGCUGUCACUCAUGAGGGCAAAUAUCACAGGUGUAUAUUGUGUGGAAAAUGUUUUACUUGGCGCACUACAUUAGUAAGACAUCAGAAAAAAUGUAUACAACCCUGUUCAGCUGUAAAAAAAAUGAACUAGAAGAUACUAGAUGAGUCCUAAAUUGGCAUUGACUUGACCAUUCCAGCUUUUGAAAAAAGUGCUUAAGUCUUGCUGCUCUAACCAUCUCUGCUGACUGUUAGCAAAGGUUGAAAUUAAGGCAGACCUUAUGGUUGGGAGGUGAAGGGUUAAUUUAUAAGCGCAUAAGCACUGAAUCUGACCCUAUGUUCAGCAUUGGUCUUUCCACCACUGCCACUGGUUGCACCUCAUAUAACACAGCACAGGAUGGGAUAAUUACCCUUUGUGUUGUCACAUUUGUCACAUAAACUGUUUUGGUUGGUAGUUGAGAAUGGAGGAGGUUAUAUCUCCUAGCUGCCCUGCACCUUCAUUCAGUGCUAGUUGCAUAAUUGCAGACCUCUUGAUGAAGAGAAUCAUGUAAUCAGAUCUGCCCAAAGGAAGCCUGCAUCUGCUUAUAUAAGCAUUAUAACAAAAAUACGACUUAUAAAACCACAAGGACUAUUCCAGAUAGUGCUCAGCUGGUACCAAUAUACAGAUAAGUACAUAUAUACAUGUUAAAACAAUUUAUCUCACACACACUGUAUAUACACCUGCUCCCAGCAACAGCAAGAUGAGUGGGUGACUUGCGGUCACCUCCGGCUAAUACAAGAUCACGGCCAGUAGAACAGAUCGAGUGAAUGUCACGUGGAAUGAAUGAGUUGCGGUGAUGAUUUGUUCUGCAUACAGGCAUCUGGUAUGACAUACACCCCAACUCUCAUGCAUGCGUUUACAUCUGUGUGCUCUGCUCCGCAAAAUACAGGACAGCUGUGUCUUUACGUACUAUGUCAAAUUUAAUGACAUAACCAUAAAGUUUCCCACGCAUCAAUAAAAUUAAUGUCUACACGCUCUUUCUUUUAAAAUUAAUGCCUACACGACAUUAGCGUGGUCACACAUUAUCUGGCACUGCUAUUUGUCUAAAUGCUGUAAUUGUGCGUUACUAUGUCCAAGCUAUGUGUUUGAUCAUGUGUCUGUAUGAUCCGGUUGAUCUUGUUUAUAUAUUUCCUAAUGUGAUAUU